AAUAAAAAUAAAAUAAUAAAAUAAAAAAAAUAAAAAAUAAAAUAAUAAAACAAGUGAUUUCUACCUAAGUACAGUUUAGCGCACAGAGACCGCCUAAACCCUUCUAAUUUGAUUUUUUUUGGCGCCUUGUGACACGCAUGCACAGUUCUCUCUCGUGCACAGCGCGCGCUUUCUCUCUCUCUCUCUCUCUCUCUCUCUCUCUGCGCGCAGUGAUGUCUUCUCCUAGUUCUUGCCGUAAACGAAAAUAUUUACAGAAAUUUUGCCCUCACUGCAAUUCUUAUGUAUCAAAGUCUACAUAUUAUAGACAUCAGGACGAAAGGAAUCUUCUGACAUACUCUGAAAAUGCACUUGACAAGUGUCACCAAGAUCUCUCCAGUGAAAACAUUAGAGACACACCACAUUGCAGCACAGUAAUAAAGGAGGUGGAGUCAGAUACACAGAUUGAGAGUUCAGCAGUGGAAAAUUAUGAGUCUGAGGUAGAGAAUGACGACACACAGAAUGAAGAUGAGCCUGAGGAAAGCACCCUUGCAUCUGAUGUUAAUGCUAAUGAUGAGAUGGAGCAAGAACAUGACAGUGAAGUGGAGGAUGAUAUGGAGGUAUGGAGUGAAGAGGAACCUGAGGACAGUGUGUUCACACCUGCUGAUGACAAGAUGGAGCAAGAUGACCACAUACCUUUCAUCACAGGACUUUUAUUUGUUCUUGCAAGGUGGAAGUCACACUUCACAGUUUCUGACAGAGCAUUCGAAUCAGUUUUAACCAUUCUUAGACAUGUGAUGUUAAUUUUGACCUCUAUUCUGUCUGUAGAACCAAUGAGACGCAUUGCAGCAAGCAUUCCAUCUUCUCUUUACAUGUUUCGCAAGAGACUGAGCAUGAAUAGAGAUGAUUUUGCUCAAUAUGUAGUAUGCCCCGUUUGUAGCUCAGUUUACAGUCACGAGAAUGCAGUUCUGAACAUACAUGAUGGAAGGGGUAAAAUUGUUCGAAAGAAAUCUGCAAAAUGCUCUCAUGUUGACUUUCCAGGCCACAAACAAAAAAAGUUACGGAAACAGUGUGGUGCUUUGCUGAUGAAAACUGUCAUUGGGAAAGGUGAAAGAGAGUUUCUGUACCCAAAACGGACAUUUUGUUACCGAAGCAUAUCAAAAUCUUUAGAGGACAUGUUGCAGAGGCCUGGAUUCAUUGAAUCAUGUGAACGCUGGCGAGAAAGAGAAGUAAAAGAAGGGAUGUACACGGAUGUUUAUGAUGGGCAAAUUUGGAAACAGUUUAUGUAUGUCCAGGGUAGGCCAUUCCUAGCAGAAGCUAAUAAUAUGGGAUUGAUGCUCAAUGUUGACUGGUUCCAGCCGUAUAAAAGCAUUCAUGAUUCUGUUGGUGUCAUGUAUCUAGUGGUGAUGAAUUUACCUAGAGAGGAGCGAUUCAAAGAAGAAAACAUAAUAGUAGCUGGAAUAAUCCCUGGACCACAUGAACCCAAAAAGCAUAUAAAUGGAUUCUUAAAUGUACUUGUUGGUGAUCUGUGCAAACUGUGGCACGGUCAGUACCUUAAGGACAGUUCACUAAUGGGGAAGCAACUAUACCGUGCAGCCAUUCUUUGUCUGGCAAGUGAUAUACCAGCAGCCAGGAAAACUGGAGGUUUUUUGGGCCACAUGGCCACCAAAGGCUGUAGCAAGUGUUUGAAAGAUUUCUUACGAACUUCAGAUAACAAAGUGUGCUAUGCAGGAUUUAAUGAUGAAAGUUGGCCCUCACGGAAUCAUAGAGACCAUUGUGAAUACGCUAAAAAAGCAAGGGCAGCAGAAAACAAAGCUGAGAAAGAAAGAAUUGAGGCCUUGUACGGUGCUAGAUACAGUUCUCUUCAGGAACUGCCUUACUUUGAUUGUGUUCGUAUGCACAUUAUUGAUCCUAUGCACAACUUGCUGGAAGGCACAGCUAAACGUGUAAUGCAGGUUUGGAGGGAGACAGGAGUGAUCUCAAAAGAUGGGUUUUCUGCUCUCCAGUCCCGUGUUGAUGCCAUGAGAAUUCCUUCUCAUGUAGAUUCUGGUAUUCCUUCUAAGUUAGAGGCAGCUUUUGAGGGUUUCACAGCAUCACAGUGGAAAAUGUGGGUUUGUGUAUAUUCAUUGUUUGCACUGAAGGAUAUUAUUAGUGAGGAACAUUACAACAUUUGGAAAGUGUUUGUCUCGGCCACUAAAGUACUUUGCAGUCGGGUUAUUCAAAAUGAUGACCUAGAAGAUGCACAUCGAUGUUUAAAGUUAUUUUGCAAUUUCUUUGAAAGAAAAUAUGGCAAAGAAUGGUGUACCAUGAAUAUGCAUUUACACCUCCAUUUAAAAUCAUGCAUUCAGGAUUAUGGACCAGUGCAUGGGUUCUGGUGUUUUUCUUUUGAGAGGGCCAAUGGUGUGUUAGGAGAUUAUCAUUCAAACAACCGUGACUCAGAACUCUGCAUGAUGAGGAAAUGGCUGACUGACUGGCAAGUUGCUGGCAAAUGUUCACUAAGUGAUCCGUUUUUUGGUGACAUUCAUUGCUUUUUUAAUGGAAGCUAUCAGCUCAAGGCAGUCAUAACAUCUAAACAGUUGGAAACCCUGAGUCAUCUUUCUGAUGAUUCCAUACUUGGUAAUUACGAGUACAGUGACAAUUUGGAGACUUUACUUCCACCAGUUAAAAAAGCCACAAUGUCAUUGGAAGAAAAUGCUGCACUCUUGACUAUGUUUGAGGUGAUGUAUCCCAGCAGCACAAUUCAUCGUGUUUCCUUUCAUUACUAUUAUUGCGACAGAUAUGUCUUAGCAGGUGAUGUAUAUUCACGGUCAGAUUACAGAACAGGGAAUUCCUCCUGUGUUUGUGCAAAGUGGUUUAGUCACAGAGAAAUAACAGGAGAGCCAGUCAUAGAUCCAAGAGCAUCUCAGCAUCCUGGGCAUAUUGCAAACAUCUGGAAAGUGUUUCUCUUUGUUAAAAACCAUGGUUCAUUACGAAAGGCAGAACACGUAGUUGCUCAAGUUCAGUGGUUCAAAGAACAUGGGGACAAAUAUUUCUUUGGAUUGAACACUUCUUGCACUGUUUGGGACACAAAUUACGAACCUUGGUCACAUGCAUCUUUCAUUCCAAUGAAAAGAAUCUCAAGUCAGUGUGCAUUCUGUACAUACAAAAUAAAAUUUUCAAGGUUCAGGGAGGAAAUAGUCAAUGUUGUUAUACCAGUUGCUUCAGCAAAAUGUGUCUAAAAAUCAACUGGGGAAGAUUUUUAUAUUUAAAAAACAUGAAUCAUUAUUUGUCAAUGUAUAUUAACUUAACAGGUGAAUUGGAGAUGCUCUGUCUGCCCUGUUAUGUAUUGGUGGCCUUUCCAGGGUGUAUACUCCCUCCUGUUAUAUGAGAGAUUUUUAGCCUCUCCUGUGUAGUUGCCAUCUGUGAAGUUGCCAUUUGGAGAUACUAGUAUUUCAUUGGACAGCGACAAUAUGGUCAAUUUUUUUAAACAUAAGUUGUUUGUGUCAGUUUAAGCAAGUAUGUUUUCAUGAGCUUUAACUGCUUUUUCUAAUAUGUUAACAUUGCAUUAUCAAUUGUAUUUAAAUCUCUGUUGUAUUGACUAUCAAGAAAACCUUUUGUUUGUGCAAAUAAUUCUGAGUAAAUACACAAUAAAAUGUAUCCAAAGAUA